AUGACAGAGAUAGAAGCAGCAAGUACAGUGAUGAAAAACAAUAAAUGUCCGAACUUUCCAAGCUUAGAAGCCAUCAUUUCUUACUCUAUGGAACCUGAGAAAGCCACCGUUACAUCCUCAUCCUCCGCCGCAAGCAACAUGAGGGCCAAGAACACCACCACCACUACCACCACCAUCGCCGCCAACAACGACCAAACAAUCGUUCACUGCAAUGCAGACGCUGGCCUUUUAAGUGAGUUUGAACAGUCCACUGUGUCUGGUAAGUCCUUCAACUACACGAGAUCAACCAUCAAUGCACCGCACUCUGUCCCUGAAGAGCGCAUAACCGCUUACUUCUCCAGAAUCCAAAGAGGCGCUCUUGUGCAGUCUUUUGGCUGCAUGCUUGCAGUUGAUGAAGCAACGUUCAAGGUCAUUUGCUACAGUGAGAACUGCUUUGACCUUUUGGGUUUGAAUGUUAGUUCUUCCACGUCGAAACAAGUAAAGACUCUGAUUGGAGUUGAUGCUAGAGCCCUGUUUAUACCCUCAUCCGGGGAUUCACUGGCCAGAGCGUCUACGGCCAGAGAGUUGUCAUUGUUGAACCCAGUUUGGGUGUAUUCCAGGACUACACAGAAGCCAUUUUAUGCUAUAUUGCAUAGGAUUGAUGUUGGGAUUGUGAUUGAUUUGGAGCCUGCUAAGUCCCGUGAUCCUGCAUUGUCCCUUGCAGGGGCUGUGCAGUCCCAGAAGCUUGCGGUGCGGGCAAUUUCGAAGCUGCAGGCUAUUCCUGGAGGAGAUAUUGGAGCUUUGUGUGACACUGUGGUGGAGAAUGUUCAGAAGCUUACUGGAUAUGAUAGAGUCAUGGUGUACAAGUUCCAUGAAGAUGAUCACGGGGAAGUUGUGUCUGAGAUCAGAAGGGCGGAUUUGGAGUCCUAUUUGGGGUUGCAUUAUCCUGCAACGGAUAUCCCUCAAGCGGCUCGGUUCUUGUUCAAGCAAAAUCGGGUGCGGAUAAUUUGUGAUUGCAAUGCAGAUCCUGUUAAUCUUGUCCAUAGUGAAGAGCUAAAGCAGCCUCUAUUGUUGGUGAAUUCAACUCUCCGGGCACCACAUGGCUGUCACAGACAGUACAUGGCCAACAUGGGCUCGACUGCGUCACUGGUUCUGGCGGUUACUGUGAAUAGUGCUGAAUCAAUCAAGCUAUGGGGGUUGGUGGUGUGCCAUCACACUUCACCUCGCUACGUUCCUUUCCCUCUUCGCUAUGCUUGUGAGCUUCUUAUACAAGCAUUUGGGCUGCAGCUCAAUAUGGAGUUUCAGUUGGCAUUACAAUUGGCCGAAAAGAAGAUUCUCAAAACACAGACUUUGCUUUGUGACAUGCUCCUCCGGGAUGCUCCAUCUGGUAUUGUAACUCAGUCUCCCAGUAUAAUGGAUAUUGUGAAAUGUGAUGGGGCUGCGUUGUACUAUAAUGGAACAUGUUGGUUGAUGGGUGUCACACCAACUGAAUCACAGGUUAAAAGUAUAGUUGAGUGGCUGCUAAAGAAUCAUGGGGACUCUACAGGCCUGAGUACUGACGGUUUGGCUGAAGCUGGUUACCCUGAUGCAGCUUCACUAGGGAAUGCGGUAUGCGGUCUGGCUACUGCUAGAAUCAGUUCAAAUGAUUUUCUGUUUUGGUUCAGAUCUCAGACCGCCAAUGAAGUCUUGUGGGGAGGAGCUGAGCAUGAUCCACAUGAUAAGGAUGAUGGUGAAAGAAUGCACCCAAGAACAUCAUUCAAGGCUUUUCUUGAAGUAGCGAAAAGUAGAAGCUUGCCUUGGGAGGUGUCUGAGAUUAAUGCCAUCCACUCUAUACAGCUCAUAAUGAGAGACUCGUUCCAGGAAAUGGAGGAAACUGGCCUUAAGGCAAUAAAGCAUGCUAGUCCUAGUGGUACUGCGAAGCAGUCCCAAGGCAUGGAUGGGAUCAGUUCUGUGGCAUGUGAAAUGGUCAAAUUGAUCGAGACAGCUCAAGUUCCAAUUUUCGGGGUUGAUUCAGAAGGUCUCAUCAAUGGAUGGAAUGCAAAGAUAGCUGAAUUGACAGGAUUAGUAGAUAGUGAAGCAAUGGGGAAGUCCCUUGUUAAUGAUAUUGUUCAUGAGGACUCGCGUGGAGAUGUUGAAGGUAUCUUAUCCAGAGCGUUACAAGGUGAUGAAGACAAAAAUAUCGAGCUGAAACUGAGGAAUUUUGGACCUCCUCAGCAGAACUCAGACGUAUAUAUUGUGGCCAACAGUUGCACAAGCAGGAAUCGUGCAAAUAAUGUUGUUGGCGUUUGCUUUGUGGGUCAAGACAUUACUUGUGAAAAACUUGUUACGGAUAAAUUCGUCCGCUUGCAAGGGGAUUAUAAGGCUAUCAUACAAAGCCUUAACCCAUUGAUUCCACCAAUAUUUGCAUCUGAUGAGAAUGCGUGCUGCUCUGAAUGGAAUGCAGCAAUGGGGAAGCUGACUGGUGUGACAAGAGAUGAGGCUAUUGGUAAAAUGCUCCCUGGGGAAAUAUUUGGAGACUACUGUCGGUUGAAAGGCAAAGAUUCAAUGACUAAAUUUAUGAUUGUAUUAUAUCAAGGAAUCAGUGGGCAAGAAAUUGAGAAGUUUCCGUUUGGUUUUUUUGAUAGAGAAGGGAAGUAUGUUGAAGUGCUCUUAACAGCAAACAAGAGGACUGAUGCCAAUGAGAAUAUAAUUGGUUGCUUCUGCUUCUUGCAAAUAUUUCAGCCUGACCUGCAGUCGGCCAUGGAAGGACUCAGACAAGAGGAUAGUAAUUCUUCUUCAAAACUUAAGGAAUUGAUUUACAUGCGCCAAGAGAUGAAAAAUCCUUUGAAUGGUAUCAGGUUUACUCACAAACUCCUUGAAAAUACGAUUAUUUCUAGUUAUCAGAAGCAAUUUCUUGACACUAGUGAUGCAUGUGAAAGACAAAUCAUGGCAAUCCUUGAGAAUAUGGAUACGAGGAGCAUAGAGCAAGGCAGUGUGGUGCUGAACAUGGAAGAAUUUCUCUUAGGAAGUGUUUUGGAUGCCAUUGUGAGUCAAUCAAUGAUCUCACUGAGGCAAAGAAAUGUACAGUUUUUGCAUGAGGUUCCAAACGAAAUUAAAUCUCUAUAUUUGCAUGGCGACCGAAUCAAGCUUCAGUUGGUUCUGUCAGAUUUCUUGCUUAAUGUGGUGCUUCAUGCAUCUCCAAAUGGCUGGGUUGAAAUCAGAAUUUCACCAGGUCUAAAACUAAUAAAGGACGGCAAUAGCUAUAUCCGUUUACAGUUCAGAAUGACUCUCUCUGGUCAAGGGCUUCCAACUGCACUAAUCGAAGAUAUGCUUGAUGAUGGAAAUCGAUGGACUACGCAAGAAGGGCUUGGGCUAAACCUAUCCAGGAAACUUCUCAGCAGAAUGAAUGGUCGAGUGCAGUAUGUUAGAGAGCAUGAUAAGUGUUACUUCCUCAUUGACAUUGAACUUGGAACAAGGAAAGAAAGGCAGAUGAUGUUACUGACACAAGCAGAUAAGAGCGCAUCACCUUGA